AUGCCUGUUCUGCCUCUGUCUUUGCGCCAGUACCCGCAGACGCCAGAGGGAGGCAGCAGCAGCAUCACGAAAAUGGGCCAGUUUGACUGGUUCGGCAGCAUCGGCGCUACGCCCGAGGCCGUUGCCGUGCUCAACGACCAGCCCCACCUCUUCACCAUCCUCAUCAUUGUCCUCAUCGCCAUGAUCCUGCAGUGCGUGCUGAUAUGGUACAUCCACUACGCCACCUUGAAACCGGAGCAGAAGGUCAAGAAGGACAAGAAGGACAACAAGAAGCCCGCCGAGAAGAAGCCUCCUGCCAGGAGAUAA